GUUAGGAGAGACCAUUGGGGAUAGGAAAGAUGAAAGGUCAUGGUGAGCUUCAAGGACAUGAAAGGUUGUUGUCUCAUGUAACAAUGGUAGAUUGUUUUUUCUCUAAUAUUUCUAGCCAGCCCCUAAGUCAGGUGAUGGAACAAAUACCUACAGUUUAGUCAGGUGAAACAGCAGGGGGAGGGGGAAGGAAAGGAGAAAAAUGGGAAGAAUGUCUUCCAAGCAAGCCACCUCUCCAUUUGCCUGUUCAGCUGAUGGAGAGGAAGCGAUGACCCAAGAUUUGACCUCAAGGGAAAAGGAAGAGGGCAGUGAUCAACAUGUGGCCUCCCAUCUGCCUCUGCACCCUAUAAUGCACAACAAACCUCACUCUGAGGAGCUACCAACACUUGUCAAUACCAUUCAACAAGAUGCUGACUGGGACAGCAUUCUGUCGUCUCAGCAAAGAAUGGAGUCAGAGAAUAAUAAGUUAUGUUCCCUAUAUUCCUUCCGAAAUACCUCUACCUCACCACAUAAGCCUGACGAAGGGAGUCGGGACCGCGAGAUAAUGACCAGUGUUACUUUUGGAACCCCAGAACGCCGCAAAGGGAGCCUUGCCGAUGUGGUGGACACACUGAAACAGAAGAAGCUUGAGGAAAUGACUCGGACUGAACAAGAGGAUUCCUCUUGCAUGGAAAAACUACUAUCAAAAGAUUGGAAGGAAAAAAUGGAAAGACUAAAUACCAGUGAACUUCUUGGAGAAAUUAAAGGUACACCUGAGAGCCUGGCAGAAAAAGAACGGCAGCUCUCUACCAUGAUUACCCAGCUGAUCAGUUUACGGGAGCAGCUCCUGGCAGCGCAUGAUGAGCAGAAAAAACUGGCAGCCUCACAAAUUGAGAAACAACGGCAACAAAUGGACCUUGCUCGCCAACAGCAAGAACAGAUUGCAAGACAACAGCAGCAACUUCUGCAACAGCAGCACAAAAUUAAUCUCCUGCAGCAACAGAUCCAGCAGGUUCAGGGUCACAUGCCUCCGCUCAUGAUCCCAAUUUUUCCACAUGACCAGCGGACCCUGGCAGCAGCUGCUGCUGCCCAACAGGGAUUCCUCUUCCCCCCUGGAAUAACAUACAAACCAGGUGAUAACUACCCCGUACAGUUCAUUCCAUCAACAAUGGCAGCUGCUGCCGCUUCGGGCCUCAGCCCUUUACAGCUCCAGAAGGGUCAUGUCUCCCACCCACAAAUUAACCCAAGGCUAAAGGGCCUAAGUGACCGUUUUGGCAGGAGUUUGGACACCUUUGAACAUGGUGGUGGCCACUCUUACAACCACAAACAGAUUGAGCAGCUCUAUGCCGCUCAGCUGGCCAGCAUGCAGGUGUCACCUGGAGCAAAGAUGCCAUCAACUCCACAGCCACCAAACACAGCAGGGGCAGUCUCACCUACUGGGAUAAAAAAUGAAAAGAGAGGGACCAGCCCUGUAACUCAAGUUAAGGAUGAAGCUGCAGCACAGCCGCUGAACCUCUCAUCCAGACCCAAGACAGCAGAGCCUGUCAAGUCCCCAACCUCUCCCACCCAGAGCCUCUUCCCAGCCAGCAAAACCAGCCCGGUCAGCCUGCCCAACAAAAGCGGCAUCCCCAGCCCCAUUGCAGGGAGCCUGGGAAGGGGAUCCUCUCUAGGUAAAUGGAAAGGUCAACACCAGGAAGAGACUUAUGAAUUAGAUAUCCUGUCCAGUCUCAACUCCCCUGCCCUGUUUGGGGAUCAGGAUACGGUGAUGAAAGCCAUUCAGGAGGCUCGGAAGAUGCGAGAGCAGAUCCAGCGGGAGCAACAGCAGCAACAGCCACACGGGGUUGAUGGGAAACUGGCCUCCAUGAAUAAUAUGGGGCUGAACAACUGCAGGAAUGAAAAGGACACUACUUUUUCUUCUGGAGGAUCAGACCUUCAGAAGUCAAAGUGGGAAAGAACGCGCUUUGAGAACUUGGGGCCCCAGCUAUCAGGCAAGUCCAGUGAAGAUGGGAAGCUGGGCCCAGGUGUCAUCGACCUCACUCGGCCAGAAGACGCAGAGGGAAGUAAAGCAAUGAAUGGCUCUGCAGCUAAACUACAGCAGUAUUAUUGUUGGCCAACAGGAGGUGCCACUGUGGCUGAAGCACGAGUCUACAGGGAUGCCCGUGGCCGGGCCAGCAGCGAGCCACACAUCAAGCGACCAAUGAAUGCAUUCAUGGUUUGGGCGAAGGACGAGAGGAGGAAAAUUCUUCAGGCCUUCCCCGACAUGCAUAACUCCAACAUUAGCAAAAUUUUAGGGUCUCGCUGGAAAUCCAUGUCCAACCAAGAGAAGCAACCUUAUUAUGAAGAGCAGGCCCGGCUAAGCAAAAUCCACUUAGAGAAGUACCCGAACUAUAAAUACAAACCUCGACCGAAACGCACCUGCAUUGUUGACGGCAAAAAGCUCCGGAUUGGGGAGUAUAAGCAACUGAUGAGGUCUCGGAGACAGGAGAUGAGGCAGUUCUUUACUGUGGGGCAACAGCCUCAGAUUCCAAUCACCACAGGAACAGGUGUUGUGUAUCCUGGUGCUAUUACUAUGGCAACGACCACACCAUCACCUCAGAUGACAUCUGACUGCUCUAGCACCUCUGCCAGCCCAGAGCCCAGCCUCCCGGUCAUCCAGAGCACUUAUGGCAUGAAGACAGAUGGCGGAAGCCUAGCUGGAAAUGAAAUGAUUAAUGGAGAGGAUGAAAUGGAAAUGUAUGACGACUAUGAAGAUGAUCCCAAAUCAGACUAUAGCAGCGAAAAUGAAGCCCCAGAAGCUGUCAGUGCCAACUGAGGAGUAUUUGUUUGCUGAAUUAAAAUACUCUGACAUUUCAUCUCCCCUUCCCCAACAAAAAGUUCUUAAAGAGCCCGCAUGCAUUUGUGGCUCCACAAUUACAUCAGCAGAAUGGUCUUAAUUAUUUUGUAAAGUGUGAGACAGAUUAAGUUUUCCCUGAUUUUUCAUGAACUUGAGUUUUUUGUCGUUAUUGUUAUUGUUGUUGUUGUUUUUUAAAUUUAGGUGAAGACAUAUUAAAUAUGAGACACCAGGACUUGAAAACUUAUCUCAACCCAUAGCUGUCUUACAAGUCUUAUAUUUUUGUCUUACUUUUUUUUUUUCUUUUGGAUGUUGAUAAAGGUUUAAGUUACUGUUUUAGAUGGGGUUAAACAUUCUCACUCAGGUAUGCUGUGCCGGCCUACAGGUUGUGAAUGUGUUUUUAUUCUGAAUUACUUUAGAAAAUAACUGAGGAUUUCAUUUUGUGAAACAGAACAAGUCCACGGCGUGUGCAGCUGCAUGUAGAGCAUAUUCAAAAGGCCUCAGAAUUCCAUGUGUCCAUGUGUAGAGUUAAACUUUGAAUGUGCCAAACUUUUUCAUCACUUUUGAAUCUUAAUAUUUUGAAAAGUCUUAAAGGAGACACUGCAAAGUCUUAGACAAUCUUUGGCAUCUUAAAAUAAAAUAGCAAACCAGACAUUUUUUUUUCCAGAAAAAUGGUAAAGUACUCAGGAAUCUGGAGACAAGAUAUUGAAAGGAAUGAACAAGGUUGCCACAGUGCAUGUACCCAAUCGUGUUUGCCUCUUGACGUGCCAUCAGUGUGUGACGUGUAUAUGACAUGUGCACACCAGAGCGAUCACCACACCAGAUACCGACAUGGUGGUCUCCUCUGCCCGAGACCACCUCUCACUACAUCCAUCAUCCCUUUGCCUUUAACCCUGACAUUCAGUCUUAACACAUUUUUUCUUAAAUAAUUUAUUCAUUCCAGAAUGUCAAGGGUCCACUUACUAUUUAUUUUUUAAAAAAUUGUUGGUGGCAUUAAUUUAAUAAUUCUUGUUUUUCACCUUCCUUCCCCAAAGAACUUUUCAGCCCUUCCACCUCCUUCUCCUGCUAGAUACGAAAGAUGUACAUAGUGAUUUUGUCCCCAGAGCAUCUGGAAGCAUUUCUGAAACAAGGUACUAUCAAAUACCUUCGUGUUGUUUUUAAACAUGAGUGUGUAUCACGCUGCAGGGCUGUGUAUUUGCAUACAGGUGCAGAGUCUUACACUUCAACAGCUAGGCCCCUGAGGUUUGCUGUGACCCCGAGUCUCUUGCCAGAAUUUCCCCCUAAGUCAGCUCAGCAGCAAGUGGUAGGAUCUGCCUCCACGGCAUUUGCCCUGAAUGUCACUCAGCAGCAAGGGUCAGCAGCAAGGGUCAACGGUGGUGACUCCCAGCAGAGAAGUCCCGCAGCCAAACCUACAGCCCAAGGCUGGGGGCCAUGGAGGAGGCCACAGUGACGCUGUCUCGGGCUGGCAUCUUUACACUGAGUUGCCUUGUCCCAUCUGGCCCAUUUAGGGAGUUCUUUGCAAAAUCCCCAGGAUGCAAGAAGCCACGUGACAGCCUCUACGAAAAGAUAGAGGCAGAGAGUCAUGAUACAUCCAGAGGGUGAAAGAAAACCUUAGGGAAGGAGAAGGAGGGGAAAUACAUUCUCUACAGGGGAUGUUUCCACUGUUAACUCUGGAAACAGAUCACUCCUGGGGCAGCAGAGGAGUUCCUCAGGCUCAUGUCCUCUGUCUGUGGCCUCCGUGUGAACAAGAUUAACUACACUUGUCACACAAGGACUUUUUUGGAGAUGUGCUGAUGGGCUGGGAGGCAGUGAGGUUGGAUUCCCCAUCUCCUCCUCACAGGGAUCUUGGCCUGAUUGCCUAUGGGGGAGGGGAGCCAUCACCAGAGUGGUUCAGUGGGAGAAUGUCUGCAGAUGGGACAGUUCACCUCACAGGACAAUCCAGAAUCUGAUCACCAGAACAUAGGAACAGCCCCAUCAGAUUUCUUGAGCCAUUUUUGUCACUUGGAAGAAAAUAGUGUACCUUCAUAUUUAUUUAAAGAGUGCUCAAGGCCAUACCUAAUAGCAAUAACUAGCUCUAGCCACAAUAUACUGGCUACAUCGUUAGCUGGGAGUGCUCUCCAUAAGCUGAUUAAGGUACUGAUAGGAAUAUUUUGUUCUUAAUAUUGGUUGGGGAUUGGAACUUUGUUUUUGUACAUUUAUUUCAAAUGAGGAGGAGGUCAUUUUUCUUUAAAAAAUGAGUAUUUAUUAUUGUCUUACUGAUUUAUUUUGAACGUAUACCUCUCCUCCUCGUUCAUCCUCAUGUUUUUUUCUCAUCCUCCUUGACUUUGCUUUGCCCUCUCCACUCCUUUUUUAUUUUGUUGCAUAGGUAGAGUGCUGUAUGGCUAGCAUUGUAAUGUAUGUAAUUAAUUUUGCACAGAGGCAAACAUUUAGAAUAGUAGGUUAAUUUUGUUUGUUUUAUGACCAUGCCAAAAUAAUAUUCUGGGCUGGUGGAGAACAAAGGACUGUUCUUUAGGACUGAAACUUGAUUUCCAUUGUAGUAAAACAAAACAAAACAAAACAAAACAAAAACAACAAAAAAACACACACACUCACAGAUGUUGUUUCGUAAGUGUUAUAAGCACUGGAUAUAAAUGGUAUUUUUUAUCACUUCUGACUAAUGUGAAACUGUUGUACGAAAACUACAUGAACAAAAGUCAUCUGUUUCGACUCGUGUGGGCUUGCCUCACAGUUGCCGGAUUUGAGUCAUUUUUAUGUCUUGUUAUUUCAUUUAUUUAUGCAAAAUACAUGUGUGUAUGAACACUUUGUUUUAGCUCCAGCUCUGCCCCAGCACUGGGGUUCAGUUACUUCUAGUCGUGCUCUCGAAAAUGAAAGGCUAUUCAGGAAUGAUCUGAUUGUAAACACCCUUGCAUUGGGUCAAACAGUGAUGCUGUAUUUGAAUCUAAAUUCUGCGCAUAAGCAGUUUGUUCUAUUUAUUAGCCAAGUCUGGCUCUAAAAAUCCUUAGAAAUUAAGAAUGACAAUCAUAGGGAUCACUUCAUUUUCUUUGCAGUGGGGCUUAAACAAAGUUUUUUAUGACUUUACCAUCUCAUUUUAGAUUUUUUUUCUAAUUGUGUAAAUAUAACAUAGAAAUAGAAUUUAUUUUUGGUUCAUGAGUACUUAGUGAGAUAUAAGUUAUGUAUUUCCUUUUUGUUCUCUAUCCGUAUGUGUUGGUCCAGACUAGAAGUUGAGGAGUCACUGCACCGUGUGGGGGUAAUGGGUUACCAGCCACGGUGAGAGUGCAGCGUCCCACUGGCGCUGGGGCACGACAGCCCCUCACUCGGGCCUCAUGCAGUUAGAACCCACUGUCCGCAGACUCAGACUUUGGCUUUUUUUCUCAUAGAAAGUCGAUGAAUGGAGCAUACCACAUGUCCAGGGCAGCUGGGGGAGAGUCCGUUUGCUUUGUGAAUCCACAUCAAUUGAGUAAGUUAACUCUGUGACCAUUUAUAGCAAGAAGCGUGAAUGAUGUUAUAAAAGCAAAAAUCUGCCCCUGAGAUUGGUCAUGAACUAAAGUCCCACCAUGCCAAUUAAAGGAAAUAUUAUUAAUAAACUCUUUUCAGUGCUUUUUAUUUCAUAUUCAAAUCAGAGAUAAAAAUGUUCGCCAUUUUGGUAAAGAAUUUACAGGAUUAGGAUUUUCCAUGUCACUUAGAAUAGGGACACUGGCAGACAAUCCUAACCUAAAAUUGGACCAUAAAAAAAUAGGAAGGAAGGAAA